AAAAUAACAUACUGGCUUUGACAUGUAGUUUUUUAUGAAUCGUUGAUGCACACUAUUUUUAAAGUACUGUGUCGUUUAAAAAUCCGCACAACGUAUUUUAUAAGAAUUAAAUUCAUACAUAAUUUUAAAAGAUGGUUAAGUUAACUACAGAACUUAUUAUGAAUUCCUAUCAGUUCAUUAAUCCGGUCAAGGAUAGAGAAUUAGAUUUACGAGGUUAUAAGAUUCCAUUAAUUGAAAAUAUGGGAGCUACACUCGAUCAAUUUGAUACUAUAGACUUUUCUGAUAAUGAUAUUAGAAAAAUUGACGGGUUUGCUUAUCUAAGAAGAUUGAAAAACUUAAUAUUUAAUAACAAUUCAAUUGUUCGAAUUGCUGAUAAUCUUGAGCAAUGUUUGCCAAAUUUAGAAUCAUUAAUUCUUACUGGCAAUCAAAUUCAAGAGCUUGGAGAUUUAGAUCCACUGGCAACACUACCUAAAUUAAAGAUGUUAAGUUUAUUACAUAACCCAGUCACGUCAAAAGAGCAUUACCGACUUUAUGUUGCACAUAAAAUACCUCAAGUGAGAAUACUAGACUUCAGGAAAGUGAAAUUAAAGGAAUAUGAAGCAGCCAAAACACUAUUCAAAGGAAAAGAAGGAAAAGAAUUAAAAAAAAAAUUAGUGAAAAAAUCAAAUCAAUUUGUCCCUGGUGAAGGAUUACUCGAGGGCAGGAAAACUAAUGGACAUUCUAAGGAAGAUAUGUGGAUGAUUAGAAAAGCAAUAGCUGAAGCAACAUCAUUAGAAGAAGUUGAACAUUUAACUAAGUUAUUGCAGGCUGGACAAAUACCUAACAAAGAUCCCAAAAAUAAGUCCAAGAAACAGAAUGGUGAUGAAGAAAAUGUUGAAGAGUUUGAUGAUGAUGAUGAUGAAAAUGAACCAACAUCAAUGGAACAUUAAUAUAUUUAUUAUUUAAAGGUUUUGCCUUUAAAUAAUUUUAUAAUAUAUAUAUAUAUAAAUAUUUUUUUAAAUAAGCAUCAGUUUAUUAAAUGAUAAGAACAGAUAUAUAUUA